AUGAAAGUAAAAGCUAAGGAGCGACAGACUAUACGUGAUGCUGAAAGGGAAAAACUACGUGCUGAACAAGAAGCGAGAGAAGUAAUGGAAAAACGACUACAAGAUAUGCAACGUUUAAUGCAAGAAAACGAGGAAGCAUUCGCACGUACGCAAACAGUUUUAGAACAAUAUGAAUGUAAAGUUAAUGAAUUGAAUGCACAACUUGAAGAAGAAAAAAAUGCACGAAAACAAUUAGAAAACUUACAGUAUUAUCUAGAAGAAGCAAAUCGCAAAUUAGGACUGUCAAUAGAAGAGCGUCAGCGUAUAGCACAGGAACGUGAUGAAAUCAACGCCAAAAUUAAUGAGCAAAACCAACUACUCCAGGAGCGAGAGGAAGAAAAGCGUCAGUUUGAGGCUGAACUGGCUCGCGUUCGAGCUAUGCAUGAAGCAGAAAUGGACCACUUCAGUGAACAGAAACAAGAAUCUGACGAAUGCGAACUGGAGGCAGUCAAUAAUGUUGAUGAGGAUUUACGUCAGUCCAAACAAGAUACUGAUGAGGAUCAUGCGACACGCCUUAAAUUAUUACGACAAGAUUUAAGCUCUGUUCGAAAUCCAAAUAAGAUGCAAGCGAUCGAUAUUCAUUAUGAGGAUAUCGUAAGCAAAGGUAUGGAUAAAUAUCGUACACUAAGAGCUAUACGUGAGGGGAAUACGAAAAAACGAGUUGAUCAAUUUGAAUCCAUGUAG